GAUCGGUCUAAGGACAGCUGGGAGAACGCACUUGAAGGGGGAUGCUCGGAAACGGUGUAUGAGCGCGCUCGCACAAGGGUGAAAGGCCAUCCAGGCAGCUUGCGGCAUGACGAAAUACUGGUUGAACGUAGCCCUUCUCAGGGUUGUUCUACCAGUUAUCUUAGCCGGAUGCACGAUAUGGCGCCCAACGGGAUUGUCGAUCGUCUAUCUGGGACUGAUGCUUUACUCUCCGAUGGUCCCAAUACCGCACAAAACCAUGACAGGCCACACGGGAAUAUACCUGAAGAUUUGCAUUUGCUUAGCCUUUCUUGUAGUCAUAUCUCAGAUCACCUUUCACAUUGUUCUUUUGUCACUACCACCUUACGGAUACUUUCUACAAAACUGCGAAUUUAUAGAGAAGCUCAUCAGACACAUAGGCUUUGUCAGAUUAGAUAGCGCAUCUGUGUGGGAAGUAUUUUAUUGGCUGUCGCCAGAAUUCAUAGUCUUACCCACGGUACUCGUCAUAUAUUUCAUAUCUCGUUUCCUUACACAAAGGCGUGUUAACGAUGAGGAGGAUGCAACUGCUCUUCACCAGGAAAAUAAUUCUCAGCAACAAAAAACGGACGACAAUACCACGAAGAUAAUUAAUUUCCUGGGAAGUAUCGGUACCUACGUGGUCUUGGCGUCACUAUGCUGUGUCGCGGCCUUGAAGCCAUCGAUAGAGGCGGCUUUCUACUUCCUGGUGUUUCUUGGCGCCGCUACGUGCUGGGCAUGCAACAAAGAACUGCGGAAAGGAUUUGCCGUGAUCUGCAGGAUCAUCAUGGUCAUCGUGAUCGUUCACAUCGUAGUGUUGCUCGCUUACCAGAACGAAUGGCCGCAGGAAAUCAUUCCAGUAUCUGGCACCUGGUCGCGUUAUUUCGCCCUGACUGCGGUUUAUCACACCAACUGCAGCGAUCCAAGAAACGUGGAGUACACAGAUGAUGCAGAUUGGUUGAUUUACGGAUAUGCUUUAAGAUUGUUCUGGCUGUACUACAUCCUCGCAUUGCAGUCGCAAUUUCUCUGUAGAAAACCGGCGUUACAGGCGAAGGAAGCGAAACGAUUAAGCGGCAGACUGGAGACUUUGGACACUCCAUUGUCCAGACACGUGUCUAUCAGGCGCAGGACACCUUCCCAAAGAUGGCAAUCAGCGCGACGUAAGGCUCGCUUGAUGCGAUUUGGAUCUGGAAGAACGGGUCUUCUUCAGGAUUCCGCUACCGGAAGUAUCAUCGUCAAUCAGGAUGGCCAACCGGACGAUAACAUACAAAUGCAGAGUCUCAGCGAAGGAACUCCUGACGAAACCCCGGGCAUCGUUGAACAAAUAGUUAUGGCCGUUUACUCCAUUUUCCAGUUAAUAGUGAACUCAUCGUAUCUUGCUACAAAUAUAAUAAUGAUGACGUGGAGCAUAAUGUAUCACAGUUGGACAACAUUCGUCCUGCUUCUGUGGGCGUUAAUUCUAUGGAUGGUUCCCAACAAACGUGCUUCCAUGAUGAAGUGCUCUCCCUUCAUCGUGUUCUAUGCGACGCUCUUGCUUCUCGGACAAUACGUAUACAGCAUGGAUCUGAACGAUGAAGAGUUGCCGAGGGUAAUAAGCGGCAUAAAGAUAUCUGAAAUCGGUUUCAGCAAAGCCGACGAGCUCGGCCGCUGGCAUCUUAUAGUUAAGUGCUUAUUUAUAUCAAUGUUCUGGAUCACUAUGAGGCAAUACAUGACGGAACGAAAGCAACAGCGGCGAUCUUCCGCUCUGCGGGACAUGGUAGCGCCGUUACACGUGUCUGUCUCGACGGCUACGACCGCCAUGAAUCACGAGGCACCGGAAAUCAAGAGCAAAUUUAUGCAAGACGUCGGGAAACUGUUGCAUGACCUGUUGACGAGAUUCUGGAUUGCCGUGGUAGCAAUCAUGCUGUUCAUCUGCGGCAUCACGGGCGAACGCAUGACUAUGUUCAGAAUCGUUUAUAUGUCGCUAUUCCUCAUCUUCGUCAUUACAUUCCAGAUAUCCUGGACAGCAUGGAGAAGAAUGAUGUAUAUAUUUUGGAUAACUGUCAUUGGAUAUUCGAUCAUCAUGCUGAUCCUCGUCUAUACCUACCAGUUUCAGAAUUUCCCGAAAUAUUGGGAGUACAUCGGUGUAGAUCAAGAUUUACAAAUGGAUAUUGGAUUGGAGACUUACGAGAUCAAAGACCUGUUUGUGAGAUUGUUGACACCAACAUGCUUCGUUAUCAUCACAGUACUUCAGAUUCAUUAUUUCCACAAGGAUUUUCUUGCAGUCACCAAUAUUGAUAGAUUAGGACCCGAUAACUUAUAUAAUCGCGCCAGCCUAGGAUAUUCUCCUAGCUUAAAUAUUCCAGUAUCUUCGCCAGCCGAUGUUACUCUCACCGAGGACGAGAAACACACGAUGUAUACAUUGAAACAAUUGAAACAUAUGUCAAAAUUAGAAAGAAUUGCGCUGUUACGGAAAGUGACAAAGCAUGUUGUUAAUUUUUACAAUUAUAUUUGGCUCUUUCUUGAAAUACACAUGCAGAAAAUUGUAUUUAUAUCAUUCGUUCUUCUGUGCAUCAACGACGUGUGCGCAAUAAAUUUCCUUUUCAUCGUCGCCGUAGUCAUAAUGAUUAACUUUGAAAGAAAUAUACAGAUAAAAUCGAUUAACGCGAUGGCCGCGGUAGUGUCGCUUCUAAUGGUCGCCAAGAUGUUGUAUCAAAUUAAAUACAUUAAUCAUGACAACUACAACGUCAAUUGCACUAUCAUUGAGGAUCAUCAGCAGUACGCAAGUAACAACACUGUCUACAAUAUAGCCGAAUGGUUUGGAAUGCGAAAGGCAGGCCCGGGUAUGCUUCCAGACCUGCUGAAAGGCUACAUUGGCAUCGUUACUGUGACGACUGCCAGAAAAAUCAUCAGAAUCCGUCAAUGGUUCUAUCGUCACCAUAAAGGAGAAUCAUUGAACACUCCUCAAAUAAUGUUCCCAACCAUCACCAGAAUGGAUGCUGAUAAGGGAAUACCGGAGUGUUUACAGUUCCUCUUCAACUACGGUUUCUAUAAAUUCGGCCUGGAAAUGUGCUUCAUUGGAAUCGUCACUCUAAUCGGCACGCGAUUAGACUUUUACUCCGUUUUGUACAGCAUAUGGCUGCUAUUAUUUUUCUCGUUAAAAAGAAAAACUGUGGCACGAAUUUGGCCGUGUUUCCGAGUUUUCGCCAUAGUUCUUCUACCGAUCCAGUAUGCUAUUGUUGUGGCCCCACCUUCGUGGCUCUGUAUAGAUUAUCCCUGGAACAAAUCUGAAGUAAUGAGAAGGUUGCAGGAAUGGAUGUAUCUUCCCGAUCCGGAUUUUCCACCUAAUUCUAGAAAGCUGAUUUGUGACUUUAUCUUACUAAUGAUGAUCGUGCGACAAAGUCUAGUCUUUUACAUUGAACAACAACAUUUGCAAUCUGGCAAUGAGUUUGUGGCUGGCCACAACUAUUCCGUUUUCCAAGAUAUGGAAAAACCGAAUUUUGUGAAUCCUGUCAAGGAUUACGUGUCGCACAUUCACUCAUGGUUGGAUGUAGUUAAACGUGCCAGCAUGAUGAGUCUCAUGUGGGUGACUUUGUCGAUCAUGUUCCUGGCUGGAACGAAAAGAACGAACCUCUUUUCGCUCGGUUAUCUGAUAGGAGCAUUUAUAUUCCUCUGGCAAGGAAGCGACUUUUACUUGAGACCAAUGAGGACUAUUUUAAAAUCGUGGAACAUGUUGAUUGGGUACAGCGUUGUUGUAAUUUUUUCAAAAGCUCUUCUUCAAGGUGUGGGUUGUGUCCUCAUUAAAGACCUCGAACAUUCAGUCUGCUGGCUGGUGCAAUUACUGGGUAUCGCGUGCCUGAAAAAGUUCAAGAGUUCCAGCGAGAUAAUGUUGGACCCUGCCAAGUGUAAUGUCACCAGCGAAGACAUCGGCAUGGUCUGGGACGGAUUAUGUUUCGCCUUCCUCUUGAUACAGAAACGACUUUUCAAGAGCUACUACUUCUUCCAUAUAGUGGACGAAACGAAAGCCAUGAGCAUUCUAGCGUCCCGUGGCGCGGAGCUGCUCGAAGAACUGCAUCAGAAACGUAUAGAAAUCCAAGAGAAUGUGGAGAAAACCGUUUUAGAAAAGUUGAAGUAUAAGAUGGACAAGAUCAAAGCUAAUCAAGAGAAAAUACAGGGACCAUCUUACAGAGAACCCCAGACUCACAAAAUCGAUGAACUAUAUCCAGGAACACGGCCAUUGUACAAAAUUCGUCCACCGAAGACCAACAGAGAGGCGAUCAGAUCCGGCGAUUACUACAUGUUUGAUGAUCUGGAUGACGACGACGUCACUGAUCUCAUUUGCGACAGCGAUAUUGAAAAGAAGGAAAAGGAACUCCGCCGCGAGCAAGAACGGCAAGGAAGAAGAAUGACUGUUUCGGAACUGAUGAACACGCUGAUUAAGACAGACAUUGAGAUCGCGACGCAUGUCGCCAUGUACGGAGGAACCGAAAAGGAUGCCCUGAGACUCCGACGUAGAAGUGUACCCCUGACACGGAAGAAAUCGUCCAUGUCCUAUCUGAGCGCUCGCUCCGAGACCGACACUGCCAUGGCCACCGAUGGCCCCGAUCGUACGAGUCUCACGUCGGUAGAAAUGGAAACGGAGGAGAAAGAUGCUACAGACUUGGCAAAAACACCAGAGCUAUCGGACGCGGAAGAAGAGAAAGAUAAGACGAGCGACAAGCAGGAAGAAGAAAAGAAGAAAGUCUCGCUCUUCACGUACUUCAAGUUCGUCUUGGUGAUGAUUAAUAGCACUCUAAUUUCGAUGACAAAAUACCUCAAUCGAUUCUCCCACGACUACAGAUAUAUCCGCAAGGUUUUAGCGAAAGAAAAAAAGAUCCUGAAGGCAAAACCGGAUUUUAAAAUGGGAAUGCGAUUAGGAAUUAACCAAAUGUGGCAGCCGAUACCUCUCAUGCAGGAGCGAUCAGCUACAAACGGCAAUAACGAAGAACAGUAUGAUCCUGGAGAAGGUCCUAGCCAACCACUCCAGCAAGAUGAGAGGAAGGGAAGCUCGCUGGCAGUGCCGCACAUCCGAAUUCUGGCGCCGAGUUUGGAGCGAGGAUUGGACAUGUCCUCCUCCAGCACACUUUCCUCGCAAGCCUUGGCAAUCCCACAAGACGAAGAAACUGGAGAACUCUCAGAAGUGGACCAGCCACCCAUCAUACAGCUGGCAGCGUCUAUCUGGUUCGGAAUUUUGGCACAUUCCAGUUUGCUUUGUUACUUUAUGGUAUUUCUUCAUCAAAUUAAGAAUGCAUCUGUGCUCUCAACACCAUUGCCGCUCAUGGUGUUCUUAUGGGGUUCUUUAACGAUCCCGCGACCCUCCAAAACCUUCUGGGUAACAAUGAUCGCAUACAUCGAGGCCAUAGUCAUAAUAAAAUGUAUUUUCCAACUGGAAAUGAUUCCCUGGAAUCAGAAACCUCCAAAGAGCCAUCCAUUAUAUGAGCCGAGGAUUAUUGGUAUCCUAAAAAGACCUAAUUACGCUCUCUGGGAUUUAUUAUUGCUCCUUAUAUUAUUCUUCCAUAGAUUUAUGCUAAAAUCUUUGGGGCAAUGGACAGGUGCAUUUUCAAAACCACGGAAAAUUAUUGCUUCCGAGUUACCUGCGAUGCCGUCAAAGUCACCAUCUUCAGAAACCAAAGAACAAGAAGAGCCCGACAUACCGGAAGAAAGCGAUUCUCAUGUAGAGGAAAAAGAAUCUCAAAGGCGAUCUUCGAGCGUCCAUGUAUCGGGUGACACAGAUAGUACUCUGCCCAUGACAGAUGAGAACAAGAAGCUCAUGGCAGUACAAGGACAAGAGCAUCCCGGCAGUAAAUCAUUUUCUAACACGAUGAGUACUGCAGUCACUAAACUCGCCGAAUCAAUGAAAAACUUCUUUAGAAGAAUUAUUGAUCCAGCCGGCAAAGAGAAAACAAAUGUUUAUGCCUACAUGUUCAUUUGUGACUUCUUUAAUUUCCUUCUACUUAUUUUCGGAUUUUCUGCAUUUGGAACUCAACAAGGUGAUGGCGGAGUAACAGCUUACUUUCAGGAAAAUCGAGUUCCCAUGCCUUUUCUAUUGAUGUUACUGUUACAAUUCGCUCUAAUCGUUAUCGAUAGGGCCCUUUUCCUUCGAAAAUCUAUUGUGGGAAAGUUAAUUUUCCAAUACUGCUUAGUAUUCGGUAUUCAUUUAUGGAUGUUCUUCAUUUUACCGAGCGUAACAGAAAGACAAUUCAACGAUAAACUUCCUCCACAAAUUUGGUACAUGGUGAAAUGCUUCUAUCUUUUAUUAGCGGCUUAUCAAUUGCGACAAGGAUAUCCGACUCGUAUAUUGGGAAAUUUUCUGUGCAAAAAGUACAGCAUUGUGAAUUAUGUUCUAUUCAAAGGGUUUAUGUUGGUUCCGUUCCUCUUUGAACUUCGGGCAGCGAUGGAUUGGAUUUGGACAAAUACGUCCAUGACUAUAAUGGACUGGUUUAAAAUGGAAGAUAUCUUUGCCAGUAUUUAUCAAAUCAAAUGUAUGCGAGGAGUCGAAUCAGAGUACCCUCAACCGCGAGGAGUAAAGAAAAAACAAAUGAGCAAGUACUUGAUAGGCGGAAGUGUACUUUUGCUCAUAAUUGGCUUAAUCUGGUUCCCUCUACUUCUAUUUGCCCUCGGUAGCACCGUCGGCAAGUCGAAUUUGCCCUAUGAUGUGUCCAUAAAAGUACGAAUUGGUCCAUACGAACCUAUCUAUUCCAUGUCGGCGCAAGGCAAUUCUAUCAUCGAAUAUACGGAAGAACAAUAUAAAUAUCUUAGCACAACUUUAUACGCGACGGAGAAAUCGGCUGUUACUUUCUUCGAAAAUUACAUCCAUUCUGAUGUGGCUGCAGUAAGAUUCGGUACUUUCUCAAGAAAACUUUGGGAUAUUUCUCUACCUGAUAAAGAAAGAUUGAUAAGCGAAUUGGCUUCUAAUACUACGGCGGUAACUGUACACGUCGAGUGGGCAGUUUCUCGGAAAACAGAUGCCAAGGAUACUUCUGGAACCACUACGACGGUUCAAGAGGUAAAAUUGCCACCGAUCAUCAACGGUGAGUUCAAUCCUGUAAGGCAAACUUUAGUGGACAUGCUAAGUGAGAAUCCCGGCGCAACAAAUGCGACAAUAAUAUUGCAAAACGCCUUGCCGAAGUUCCUCAAAGUUACCGCUAGAACUACCUAUGUUGUCAGGCAAUUAAUGGAACCGUUACAUUUAUCAAGCGAUGAAUCUAAUGACGAGAGCUAUCUCUACAGAAACUUGAGUGUCCAAUUAUCAACGAACAAGGAUUGUUGUGCUCAUCAACAAUUGUGGGCAAUCCAUGAGAUAUGCACUGGCUCUCCGUUCGCCGACUUUUUGAACAAGAUACCACUGAACGACUGCAAGUAUGUCACGAUGUUCCUGUUCAACGACAAGGCUUUCCCCGAAGGAUUAAGCUUUAUCAGCGGAUUUGGGAUCCUAGGAUUAUAUACCACGGCAGUAAUAGUCAUAAGUCAAAUGAUGCGGAAAGUCGUCAGCGAUAUGGCGCCUAAGAUUAUGUUCGACGAUUUACCCUACGUCGACAGAAUUCUUCGCCUCUGCCUAGAUAUUUACUUGGUCCGUGAGAGUGGCGAUUUAUGCCUCGAAGAAGACUUGUUUGCCAAAUUAAUCUUCCUCUACCGAUCGCCGGAAACAUUAAUCAGGUGGACGAGACCGCCCGAAGAAGGAGAGCGGACAGAUAACGAAGAUCAAGAUGAAGAGGGAGAAGAGAUACCAGAUGAAGGAUUAAGACAAGUAGAACCAUCGUCUCGUCGUGACUGAAACAUGGGAAAUAACAAAAGUUCUUAAAUAAUUAAUGUUUUGUACACGCAUUGUGCGCACCAGAUAUUAUUUAACAUGAAAAACUUGAAAUUGCAUUUCUUCAAGAUAUCUUUUUUUCUGAAUAAAUAAA